AUGAACGCCGCCGAGGCCGUCGACGCCUCGGAGCACUACGAGGUCCACCACGUCGACGAGAUCCCCUCGCUCCUCGCCGUCGUCGUCGACACCAACCCCAGCGCCUGGGCCCUGCUCCGAGACGUCCUGCCCAUCUCCAAGGCCAUCGCCAACAUCCUGAUCUACGUCAAUGCCCACCUGGCCCUCAGCAACCUGAACCAGGUCGCCAUCAUUGCCGCACACGCCCACCGCGCCCGCUGGCUGUACCCCUCCCCGCCCAACCCCAGGCCGAGAAAAGAUGCCGCCGGCGACGUCGAGAUGGCCGACGCCGCAGCCACCAGCCAGAACAGCCGCACCCGUGCCGCCGCCGCGAAGAAGCUGCCCCAGUUCGCCCACAUCGAGUCGGCCGUCCUCGACUCGCUACAGGCCCUGAUCCGGGAGACCUCCCCGGCCGAAGUCGCUAGCACCACCACCACCCUCGUCUCGGGCGCCCUGACACUCGCCCUGGCCCACAUCAACAAGGUGCGCGAGGCCGCCCUGGGCGCCGGCUUCGCUGAGCGCAGCGCCGCCGCCGCCUCGCCCGGGUCCACCGCGAUCCCUGCGGGCGCCGGCAACGUCGGCGCGGCGGCGGCGGUGCGGGCCCGCAUCCUGGUCGUGUCAGUCUCGGACUCGAGCGCGUCCCAGUACAUACCGACCAUGAACGCCGUCUUCGCCGCCUCGCACGCCUCGGUGCCCGUCGACGUCGUCGCCCUCCGCGGCAACGCGUCCUUCCUGCAGCAAGGGAGCUACAUCACGGGCGGCAACUUCAUCCACGCCAAGGAGCCGCGCGGCCUGCUCACCUACCUCAUGACCGGCUUCCCCGUCGGCGGCGGCGCCGUGUCCGACAUGCUCAUCGGGCCCGGCACCGAAUCGGUCGACUUCAGGGCCGCCUGCUUCUGCCACCGCAAGGCCCUCGACACGGGCUUCGUCUGCAGCGUCUGCCUCAGCAUCUUCUGCGAGGCCCCACCCGAGAACGAGUGCCUGACGUGCGGCUCCGCGCUCGCCCUGGGCGCGUACGGCGCCAAGCCGGCCGUCGUCCCGCGCGCGCGCAAGAAGAAGAAGCGUAAGGGUGUCAACGGUGAUGUGCGGGACAGUACCGGCACGCCAGCCGGUACUCCCAGGCCUGGUUGA